GUAUUCAUUUAGUCGAUAAUGUUUGAUAGUUGGUAGUAUGUGAUGACAGCUGUCAAAUUAUGUGUUGUCCCAUGGAAACGAUGAAACAUGAAAGAAAUAUAAACAAAAAUUCGCUUUGAUUGUUGUUAUCGUUUGAAAUUUCAUUUUCUUUCCUCUUUAUAUUUUAUAGACGUACACACAAGACAAAAACGCCUUAGAAAUCAUCAAGAUCGGUAACAAUGGAUGAAUUGGAUUACAAGUCAUUGAUAUUGUAUUAUGGACGAGAGAAGUACUUUCAUUCGAUGCAGAGCAAAUCAAUCGAAGCAUUGACCAAAUUUCCAGCAAAUGCAUGCUUUCGAUUGUACAAUGGCUUUGCGCUGUCUCUGGGCAAUCGUACACAAGAAGGUAUUCGCGAGCUAAAUCCGAUGCAAUCGGACAAAGAGUACGGAAUGGCAGCAAUCAUUGGCUUGAUAUAUGCACACAAACGGUGCACCGUUGUAGACAAAGAGGCACUUUCAACACUUGACCAACAUUUGAAAGCGGAGCGAAAGCAUUUAACCAGUCAAUCGGCAUACUAUGCCGGUGUGUUUCUAUUUCUGAGCGGCAAGUUGGAGAAGGCCAAAGAAUACGCAGAAAAAUCAUUGAAAUUGCUGCAUACUUCAAUUGAUGCGCUCAUCCUUAAGGGAUGGUGUGAAUUGUACCUCCGAACGAAGAAUGCUACUCAAGUUUUGGAUGCAACUGAAAUCGCAUUAGAAUAUGGAAAAAACUUUGAUGCAUACACGCUUCAAGUGCGCUACCAUCAGCAAAAUGGUGAUUUCGAAACGGCCAUCAAUAUCUUGAAUCAUUUAUCAAUACGAUAUCCCGACACAAAUAUUCCGCUCGUUGAGAAAAUGAAAAUUCAACUGGCCAGUUGGAAUUGGGAGAACGCAAAAGAAACUGCGUCUCGCAUAUUAAACCUCGAACCGAACAAUAUUGAAGCGUUGUGCAUCCGAGCGCUAGGUUUAAUAUGCCACGAGGGAAAAGUUGAGAAUGGUUUGAUUUACUUGAAGCAACUAUAUUCGGCACUGGCAAAGAAUGAACCGUCAAAUGCCGAUUUACAUUUAUAUUUUGCUCAAUUAUUCUCUCGCAACUGCAAUCGAAACGAAGAUGUACUGAAUUGCACGAUGCUAUUCGCUGAAAAGGCCUAUCAAUUGUCACCAUUUAAGGCUGAGUAUUUAACCGAGCUCGGUUUCCAAUCGAUAUUUCAAGGCCGAUACAAAGAUGCUGUUAAGCAUUUUCGUGCUGCCACAAAAGUUGAUGACAGUUCGUUGCAAGCAUUGUGUGGUCUAACUCAAUGUCAGAUGGCCGAGUCGGGCGUCAGCGAACAAGUAAAACAACAAAUCGAGUUUUUGAGCGAGAUUCAAGGUACAACCAAAAAUCCAUUCCUACUGCAUAUGUCAGCGAAAACCAUCGAAAAUAAUCCAGACAAAGCGAUUUCGAUUCUAUCUGAGGCAUGCGAAGUGCAUUUCAAAAAUUUGAAAACCGUCCCAUACGGAGCGGAAUAUUUGCGACGAUUUGAUUCCGAUUUUCUAUUGGAUGUCACAACUGACUUGCUAAAAUAUUCACCGAUCCAAUCGACUAUUAAUAUUGAUGAAAUUGAACUUUCAAAGAAAACGUUACAUAUUUCACUCAAGCAGAGUUUGAAUAUACUUGAAGCAGUAGUUAAAGCCUAUCCCGGCUCGGUUAUUGCUCUCUAUCAAUUGGCCAAAGCGGAAUUUCUUUGUGGUGAAUCGGCUGCUGCUACAGUAACGCUACAACGCCUGCUGAACGACAUUGAUCCAUCAUACAGUGAUGCACAUUUGCUCCUGGCCCAAAUUCACAUUCAACAAAAACACUAUCAACGUGCAAACCAGAAUCUGGAGAUUUGCUUGAGUCACAAUUUUGAUGUUCGAGACAAUCCUAUGUAUCACCUUGUAAACGGGGUCAUUAAGAAAAGUCAACUACUGUUGGAAGAUGCUCAAAAAUGUUUUCAAACCGCUUUAAACAUCUGCAGCAUGCCGAGUUCAAAUGCAUCGAUGAAUGCAAACAAAACAAAUGACAAACACACACUUGCGCUGCCCGAUCGGGUGACGCUCUACUUGCAAAUGAUUGACGGGUAUUUAUUGAUGAACCAGCAAGCCGAAGCCGUCAAACUAAUGGAUCGAUCGUUUGAAGAGUUCAGUAACACUCCGGAAGAAGGCCGAAUCAUCAUUGCCAGUGCGGAUAUUGCAUUGCAACAGGGGAAAAUUGAUAAAGUAUUGAAUUACUUGCAAAAUAUUCAACCAGGGCAACCUUACUACCUACAGGCGAAAAAUAAAUUAGCCUAUGUUUAUCUAAACCAUAAAAAAGAUCGGAUCCUCUUUGCUCAAUGCUUCAAAGAACUGGUCGACAAUAUGCCGGGUCCAGAGAGUUACUUGAUGUUAGGUGAUGCCUACAUGCAUAUACAAGAACCAGAAGAAGCAAUCAACGCCUUUAAAAUGGCACUUCGGCAAAAUCCCAGCGAUCCACUUUUGGCAAGCAAAUUGGGCCGAGCAUAUGUAAAAACUCAUCAGUACAACAAAGCCAUCAAUUACUACAGAGAAGCCACUAUAAACGACAAAAACUUGUCAAUGAAACUAGAUUUGGCCGAAUUAUUUUUGAAGUUAAAACAAUUUUCGAGUGCCGAACAAACGUUGAUUGAAGACAUCGAAUCGAGUCAUAGUACAAGCGAUGAUACAACACUGCUUCAAACAAGAACCAAACAGCUCCUGUUGUUGGCACGAAUCCGCGAGAAAUCCGGCCAUUUAAAUUCGUCAUUGGCAACGCUCAAAGAGGCUCGCGACAAUCAAUAUCGCUUGCAAAAUCGUAUUGUUGUUGAGCAAUCGUCCGGUGUCUAUGAACAAAAUGCAAUACUUUCAAAAAUUUGUGUGCUAAUGGCGGAGCAGUCAAUUGCAUUACGAGAUAAUCAUCAGGCAAUUAAUCACUAUAAGGAAGCGUUAAAAUAUUCACCGGAUGACAUAAAAACAGUUAUUGCCCUAGCACGGCUUCAUUUGCAAGUGAAUAAUGCGAUGGAAUGUCAAAGCAUGUGCACUAAAGUGUUGAAAAUCGAUCCGAAUAAUGAAGCAGCGUCUGUGAUGAUGGCGGAUCUAUCUUUUCGUGGAAUGAAUUUCGAAAGUGCUGCAUACCAUUUUUCGCAAUUAUUAAUCGGGCAACCGACUUAUUGGACUGCAUUGGCUCGCUUAGUUGAAGUAUUGAGAAGAUCGGCUGCAUUGCCUGACGCUCUUCCAUUUUUGGAUCGAGCCGAGCAAAAUUGCCCGCAACCAACUCAAGAGGCUGGUCUGAACUUUUGCAGAGGUCUAUAUGAAUGGUACGGUGGAAAUCCAAACAAUGCACUUCGUUAUUUCAACAACGCUCGUCGCAGUUCGGAAUGGGGUCAUCAGGCCAUUUGCAAUAUGAUUGAAAUAUGCUUGAAUCCAGACAAUGACCUACCGAAUGAAAUCGUUCAAGACUCAAUUAACGAUGAUUCGGAGGUUCGAGAAUCAAAGUUGAUGGCACUUCGAACAGCUGAACGUUUGUUGAAAGAGCUCAAAUUAAGCACCAGUGGGCUAGAAAACGACUCGCUCUCUUUUCGUCUAUUGACCAAUUUCCAUUUGGUAGCAACGCGCCAGAAACUAUCCAUUGAAACGGCCUUGACUGACUUCACGGAAAUUGCAAUGCAGGAAGAGUAUCGAGAUCAUGUGGGACCGAUAUUAGGUUUAGCCACCGCACACAUAUUAUUGAAACAAACUCAAAAAGCAAAAAAUCAAUUGAAACGCGUCGCUAAAAACCAAUGGAACUUUGAGGACGCCGAAUAUUUGGAAAAAUGUUGGUUGAUGUUGGCUCAUAUCUAUAUUCAAGCGGGUAAACAUGAUAUGGCCCAAGAUUUGCUAGAGAGAGUUACCUCGCACAAUAAAUCAUGUGCAAAAGCCUAUGAACUAUCGGCUCAAUUAUCUGAAAAAGAUCAGAUCUACCGCAUUGCAGCAAUGCACUACGACUUGGCCUGGCGCUAUGGUGGAAAAUCAAAACCAACAAUUGGGUAUAAAUUGGCAUUUAAUUAUAUGAAGAACAAGCGAUUUGCAGAUGCAAUCGAUGUGUGCCAGCAAGUAUUGAAGCUACACCCAGAUUACACGGCCAUGAAAAGGGACAUUUUAGAUAAAUGUCGAAAUAAUCUGAGAAUGUAAACGGCUAAUGGUCGGUGCAAAAUAUUGCACUUUGAUGUACGUAUCCGUGCGUACUAGACAGGUGGUUACUUACGAUUGCCACGGAAGAGUAAAAUCAAAAUAGUCUUUUGAUAAUUUAAAUGUUGCUUACAUAGAAGCAGUCAAACAAAUAAAAGUGCCCAAUUUUGAAACAAAACCUGAUAGAAUUCGAUCGAAGUCAAUUUAUUUUUUAUGCACAUAAAACAGACCGAUAUUUUAUUUGAUCUCAUUUCCGAGUUAAAUUUCGUUUGACAAAAGGAGACAACAUCAAUGGAUUAAAAUAUAGAACAGUUUCUUGUUAUUUUAUAAUCAAUACAUCAAAAUUAUGACACAUAAAUUAUUUUGUAAAGAUUUCUUAAAAUGGCAGCGAAAACAAUUUUACACUUGCAAAAGGAUGUAUGAAUUAUUAUUGCAAAUGUAACAAGUGAAUGUAUUUCUAAUCGAAUAAAGUGUAUGAUUAUAAUAAGAAGAA